UGACUUGAAGCAUGGAAGAGGUGUUACUUCCAGUGUUGUAACAAGAUAUUUAGUAGCAAUGCCAUCAGCAUUCAAUAUCAUGGAAUGUUUAGAGACAUAUUGCAAGAUUGAAUCAAGCAACAGUGAACAACAUGUUGAUAUUUCAAGAAGUAGAAUCACAAAAGAUGAAGUAGGAAUUAAAAAAUUUUUGUUUUGGCUUGAUGAAAGAAAUCCAUUUGAGGUUAGAACUUCAUUAGUAUCACUCUCUACUGGAAUCAUAGGUGGACCAACAAUUAAUUGUCAUAAUGCAGUAGAAGUUGGAUUGCAAGGUAUAGCUACCAUGGUUGGUAAAAAUAUUGAUAACGUUUCUUUGUCUAACGCGUUCAAAGUGAAAACACUUGCAAAUGCGAAAAGUGGUAUGCAUAUUGGCGAUGAUUUUGUUGCUGUCGACUCAUUCUUGUUAAUUCAGAGAAUAUCAGUAUUUUUUCAUGGCAAUGUUGAAGAAACACGCAAUGCAUUGAAGUACGAGUUGUCACCGUUUCCUCUGAGCUUAUUCGACGAACAUGGAUUAAUGAGAAAAACACCAAAAUCAGAAUUGUAUAACGUUUUCCAGCCAUACAUUCAAUCGCCUGCCUUAAUAUCUGGAUCUGGAUCAAUUUUUGUAAUUGAUGGUGGCUGGCUUCUGCAUAGCUAUGUUUGGCCGCAUGGAAAGAAAUACUCAGACAUUUGUUACCUUUACUACUCUUAUCUUAUUAAACAUUUUGGAUCUAACGUGACAGUCAUAUUCGAUGGCUACUCGAAGGAAACAAUAGGAAUUAAGUCCUACGAAAGAUAUCGCAGAAAAGAAAAAUGUGUUGCUGCAGAUGUUGAGAUUUCUGAAGAUAAUCUCGUGACCUUGACCCAAAAGAAGUUCCUGUCCAAUAUUGCAAAUAAGAAACAAUUUGUAAACUUACUGAGUAAUAAUCUUCAAAACCGUGGUAUUAGCACGAAUAUAGCUUCAGAAGACGCGGAUCUUUUAAUUGUCAAAACUGCAAUCGAUUUAAAAAGAAGAAGAAAUCAAUCCGUGACGAUAGUUGGUAAUGAUAUUGACUUACUUAUCAUUUUGAUUUCACUUGUCUCUGACGAAGAGGUAAUAUACUUUUAUAAAAUGACACCAGGAAAACAAGCUAAUGUUAUUUAUUCUACGGAAUACGAUAAAAAUUUGAAGCCUUUUUUGCUUUUUGCGCAUGCAUUUGCAGGUUGCGACACUACAAGUGCAAUUUUUAAAAAAGGAAAAAAAAGUAUAAUAUCUUUAUUGAAAAAAAAAUCUUAUUUGCAAGCUCUAAUUUCUGUUUUCUAUGAGUCUAAUCGUUCAAUUGAGGAAUUAUACGCAGUAUCUGAAAAAAUUAUAUUCCAUCUCUAUGGUCAAAGUAUUACAGAUGAACUGACACUUGGUGAAUUAAGAUAUAGGAUAUUUUCAUUAUCGGCUGCUGCUUUUAAAAAAGAAGUUAUCUUAGCUUCUUUACCACCGACUGAAUCAGCCCUACGAGAACAUACAAAACGAGUGUAUUAUCAAAUUCAACAGUGGUUAGGCAACAAUCUAAAUCCGGACGAUUGGGGUUGGAGAAGAACCUUAUUUAUGAUGAUACCUAUCAUGUCAAACGCGGAACCAGCACCAAAGGAGUUAAUAGAUAAAGUUUCUUGUAGCUGUAAAACGAAUUGUUUAUCAGCUCGAUGUGGUUGCAAAAAAAGUGGUUUAAAAUGCAAUAAAUUUUGUAAAAGUUUCCAAGGCCAAAGCUGUGAUAACGCUUCUGCAAGAUCGUUUAAUCUUGAGGAUGAUGAAAAUGAAGAUAAAGAAGAUGAAGAAAGAGAUGAUAGUGAUGAUGAAAAUGAUGAUGAUGGAAAUGUUUAUGAGGAUGAAAAUGAUGGUGAAGAAGAAACUACUGUCGAAGACGGAGAACAAGAAAAUGAAGCUAUAUGUACAGGACGUAAAACUGUUAAAAACACUCGUUCAAAAGUAUCCACACAAAAGAACCAAUUGUGCAUCAGCAAGAUGUAGUUGUAGAAAAAGUUCUCUCAAAUGUAAUGAAUUAUGCAAGUUUUGUCAUGGUGAUACAUGCAAUAACAGUAUAAAUGCAGGCGUUGAUACCAAUGAAGAUAGUGAAUAUGA